AUGGCUAUUUCCAGCUUUGAUAUCAUAGUUUUUUUCUUGGAUGUUGUACGGAGAAAUAAUGGAAUGGUCGGUGGAAUUUGGCGUGGAAACAGAGGUCACUGGCGUCAACGCUAUCGCAUCUUGGAAGAUUGGAAGCUUUUGAGGUUAAUUUGGGAAGCAAUUCACAAGCUGAUGAGAGAUGAAGAUGCAGAGCGCAUGCUGCUUAAUAUGGGAUUCAAGAUUGAAGCUGCAGCCGAGGAGAUUGGUAGGCAUGUUGUAAUUACAAACAAGAACAACACCCAGAUAAAGUUUCUUUCCUCGGUAAAUGCCAAAACUUUCUAUGAUUAUUACUAUAAAACCAUCGAAUGGAUCGAAGAGAUCGGAGAAGAUGUUGAACACCUUUUGGAUUCAUCCGGGUGGUCGUCUUGUCGACUGCAAUCUCCAUCUGAUGUUUCUUUUUGGUUACAAUUUGUGUCCACUCUGGCCGAUAUUGUGGACGAUACAAAAUGGAGCGAGCCAAUCGGUGCCUGGCGCAAAGAGCUAAGGUUGUUCGGGGAAUACAUGGAAGGUGUAUCCAGUGAUCUCGAUUUCCCAGCAGCAGCGGCAGCAGCAGGUGGUGAUGACGUAAAUGUUAUCAAUGAUUUCGUAACUCGUGUUGCAUCUGUGAUGGUACGCAUUGCAAUCCACACUCUUAGGCAACGGAUUAACGACAGGAAAACAGCAGGCACAACCAGAAGGGAGGAAAUGAAGCAGGUAACUAAAUCUGUAUUGGCUCUGCAACAUGAGAUUCAUCCAACUAAUCCCAAGCAGGAGGAGGAGGAUCAAACUAUACCAAAUUUCCUUGCAGAAAUUCAUACGGUGCUCAUAGAGAGGGAGUUCCUCAAACAGACGGAACGAAAGGGUGAGCUACGUAUAAAUGUUUGUCUCCUCCAGACGGAGCUUUUCCUCAAGGGGAUGCUUCACUGUAACAUUCAAGGGAGCACUUUCCGAAAUAAAGAUCUGCUCAAGGGGAUGCCAGAAAUAUGGAUACGUUUUUUGGGAAAUCUUCUGCAUGGGGAGGCAGAAUAUUGGAACAAGGCCUUGGCUUUCAUUAAACAAGCGGACUACACGGUAGCAUCUCUCCGUCAGUUGUUUGAGGCCAAGAGCAUAACAGAAUCCACGGUGAGAAACUCAAUUUUCCUAUUGCUUCUUAACAUUGUUGUUUUCAAAGCAGAAGCAUUAUUUGAGAAGUUACAACUUGAGAGUGCAAAUUCCGAGGGUCAUCGAAAAGAUCAAAUUGCACUUCUUGUGCUCCUUAAUCUUUUCACACUUCUCAGCAACCAGCUAAAGGAGGAGACAGAGGACACGGACAUGAUCUUCCCACAAACUGAAACAUUUGAUGCAGGGAUGGCAGGACCCAUCCACAAUAUGAUCAUCUCAUCCUCUAAACUGCAAGAUAAGCUGAAUCCUAUCAAGUCUAAGCUCAGAGAGAUUAGUCCCCAGUUUCCAUUGUUUGAUUUUCCCAAGACUUACAAGACAGGGUUUGUUGAAUUUCUCAUCAGAAACCUAGAGGAACUGCUGAACGAUGAUCCUGUGUCAAUUGAACCAGUCAGGAAUUACAUAAAAGAAAUUCAUCUACAUUUCAAGUCUCUGGGUUCUUUUCUCAUGAAAGUCUCAGAGUCGGAGAUUGAUGACUAUCCAGAAGUGAAAGUUCUUGGUGGUCAUGUUGCCAAUAUUGCUUAUAAAAUUGAGUUUGUCAUUGACUCAAUUGAGGUCGAUCCUCAAUGGCAAGGUUUCUUUUUGGUUUAUGAUCUACUGGAGGAGUUAAGAAUUGUUAAUAAGCGAGCCUCUAGAAUUCAGUUGACGACCCCUCAAGCCAAAGUCCUAGAUAACAAACACGUCAUCCAGGUUCCACCCAACGUGAUAUCACGGGAUGCUACACCGGCAAUCAAUGGAAUGGUGGUGGAUCCCAGAGAUGAAGAACAAUCUAUAACUGAUCAACUUGUCAAGGGAUCCUCAAAGUUUGGCAUUGUUUCUCUUGUGGGAAUGCCCGGUAUUGGCAAGACAACAAUGGCUUGGAAACUGUUUAACUGCCAAAAGGUUUUGUCUCACUUUCAUUGUCGUGCAUGGUGUACUGUUUCACAAGAAUAUGACAAAAGAGAACUGCUGCUGGAGAUUUUACGUGGCAUUCUCGGGCUUACGGAUGAAAUUCGUCAAAUGACUAACGAAGAUCUCCAAUUAAAAUUGCGUCAGUGCUUACUAAGAAACAGGUUUCUCAUUGUUAUGGAUGACGUGUGGGAUGCUGGAGUUUGGAAUGAGUUAAGAAAUUCGUUCCCAGAUGAUGCCAAUGGCAGCAGAAUUUUGAUUACGAGCCGCCUUCGUGAUGUGGCCUUGCAAAUUGAACCAGAUAGUGAUCCUCAUUCUCUACGCUUAUUUUCUGAUUAUGAAAGCUGGACCUUAUUAGUAGAGAAAGUAUUCCAUGGUGAAGGCUGUCCUGAAGAAUUGUCGCUAGUUGGUAAGGAAAUUGCCAAAAAGUGUAAAGGAUUGCCUCUUGCUGUUGUUGCAAUAUCUGGUCUCCUCCAGAGGAUAGAAGAGAGCUCAGAAUCGUGGGGUAAAAUUGCAAAAAGCUUGAUUGCUGAAGUUAUGGAAGAUCCAAAUGCUCGGUGCAUGGAAAUCUUAGAAUUGAGUUACAAACACUUGCCAGGAUAUCUAAAACCGUGCUUUCUUUACUUGGGGGUUUUCCUUGAAGACAAGGAUAUUCCUGUUAGCAAGUUGAUACGGUUUUGGCUUGCUGAAGGUUUCAUUCAUGACUCUGAGUUGAAGAGCUUAGAAGGUAUUGCCGAGGGUUACUUGAUGGAGUUGAUUAGCAGAAGCCUGGUGGAAGUCUCCAAAAGAAGAUCCAACGGAAUGGUCAAAUCAUGUCGCUUGCACGAUCUGUUACGUGAUUUUUGUCAGUUAAAAGCCAGAGCACAGAACUUCUUCCGGCUAGUAACCAGGUUUGAUGAGCCAUAUGUAUCUUUUCCUAGUUCAGAUUUUGGUUUUGAAAUUGGCCAUCAUUCUGAUCCUGUCACAUAUGAAGCCUACCGAUUGUGCUUUUUUUUGAAGCGACUCCAUUUUUUUAAAUCAAGACCUUUUGGCCUGGGUACUCGUUCUUUGAUAUUCUUUCCUUCAGCUGAUUCAGAGCCCAGAUGUCCUUAUGACAUCUCAUUCAUUUGGCACAACUUCAAACUUCUGCGGGUGUUAGAUUUUGAAUGCAUCAACCUGGGUGUCACCUUCCCUGCUGACAUUACAUGCCUGGUUCAUUUGAGGUAUUUGGCAAUCACUGGUUAUAUGCAAACUAUUCCACAAUCCAUAGGCAAUCUCCGAAAACUAGAAACUUUUGUUUUGAAGGGAUUACGUGGUCAGGUUGUCUUACCAGAUACUAUUUGGCACAUGACAAGGUUGAGGCAUCUUCAUGUGAAUAUGCAUGUUGCUUUCACAUUGGAUGAUGAAGGGCUUGAAGUCUGCUGUAAGUUGGGUGAUUUGGUCAGCCUUUCCUGUCUCUCUCUCUCUUGUAGUGAAGAUACAGAAUCAAUAAUAAAGAGGUUGCCAAAUCUCCAGAAACUGAGAUGCAUAUUCUUUCAUCCACAGGGUUCUUCGAAGAAUUCCUAUCAGUUUCCAAGUUUAGAUUUCCUAACUCAUUUGGUGUCACUCAAUGUAUUUUACUAUGGAAGCGCUAUUACCAGGGAAUUCGUUCUCCCACCAAAUCUGAGGGAAUUGACUCUUUCAAACUUUCACCUGCCAUGGAGCCACAUCUCAACAAUUGGGAGACUACCCAACCUGGAAGUUCUCAAAUUGCUUCUUGGUGCCUUUGAGGGGCUGACAUGGGACAUGGAGGAAGAACACUUCAAGGAACUCAAAUUCUUGAAGUUAGACAAUCUGAACAUUUCUCAAUGGAAUGCCACUUGUGAUCACCUUCCCAAACUUGAACGGCUUGUCUUGCAAAAUUGCAAAGACCUCGAGGAAAUCCCCUAUGAUUUUGCAGACAUAGGCACACUGGAAUUGGUUGAAGUGCACUGGUGUGGACAAUCUGCGGAAGAGUCUGCAAAAAGAAUCGGGGAAGCAACUGGGGACAUCAAAGUGCUUAUUAGUAGUUCAUAUUUGAGAUGAUAAGUGUAUGAUUGUGGAUUCUGUUGUAUUACUCCCCGAACUUGUAAGAUAAUCAAAUUUCAGUAACUUAUUCUUCUCUCGAUUCAUUUGUGAGAUGAUGUGUUUCUUAAUUCAACUUCCAUGCAAUGGAAUGUUUUGCUCAAUCUGGAUACUCAACAAUCAAUUAUUGCUUGA